AUGAACGUUAUUAGUACCUAUACCCCGCAAGUAGGUUUGGACGAGAAGGAGAAAAAGGAGUUUUGGGAGGUUUUAGAUGAGGUAGUGAGGAGCAUACCGAGCAUUGAGAAGCUUCUCGUGAGAGGGGAUUUCAAUGCGCAUAUUGAGUCUUUGCUAAGAGGUUUUGAGGAUAUGCAUGGCAGUUUUGGUUUUGGGGAGUGGAAUGCUGGAGGAGCUGCUCUUUUGGACUUUUCUAGGGCUUUUGGGUUGUGGAUAGUGAAUUCAAUCUAUUUGAAGAAGGAGGAACACCUUAUUAUGUUUUGUAGUUCAGUGGACAAGACUCAGAUAGACUUUUUGCUUCUUAGGAAAGAGGAUAGAGCACUUUGUAAAGACUGUAAAGUCAUACCUAGCAAUAAUCUUUCGACUCAGCAUAGGUUGUUGGUAAUGGAUUUGGUUAUCAAUAAAGGCAAAAAGAAGAUAAGCGUGGAGGCUUGGCCCAGGAUUAAGUGA